AUGACAAGCUCACCAGUUCAGAAGGAUGUAUCCAGAAUAGAAUUUGACGUCCACAACAAGGAACUGAGGGAGGAAUCUUCAUUAUCCAAACAACAAAUUCACGAAGAAAUUGAACAACUUAUCAGAGCCAUGGAGAUCAACCCCGGUCAGUUUGAAAAUUUGGCCAAGAUGACCAGAAUGGCUAUUCCCUCGUCUUCUAUGAGCCCAGCUGUAAAAGAUGUGCACACUGCUGUCAAACUUCGCAAUGUUCACCCUCCAUCCGGAAUCCAUACAGGAAGUCAGAAACGGAGCUUUUACACGGACAGUGACACAGAACAGACUGCCACCCCACGGCCAUCAAGUUACCGUAGCUAUGACAAAACACAACAAACCAAAGACAACUCCCGGCUACUCUUUUACAGGGACCCUUUCCCGGGGGGAAUACCAGUGGGAGAGGAGUUUUCUGUGGAGAAUCGAGCUAAUCUAGAAAGGAUGAGAAACAGACAGAUGCACAGAGAAAAACUCCGGCUAGCCCAGGAGCAGAGUAGCUACACUGAUAAAAGGAAAAGAAUAUACACUAGAAAACAGCGAGACCAGAGGAGAGCGCAGCAAAUGGCAGGUCACGUCUUGUCUCCGGAGGUCAUGUCAGAUAUAGACAACAGAUACCCUCCGAGUGAUGUGGGGUCAGAAAAUCGGUGGCGCCGGAGCCGCAGUGGCUACUCUACCCCAGGGGGAAGUUGUGAUGAAAUGAAAUUGGGAAGAAACAUGAGAGCAGCUCCCCGUCACAUUAUAGACACCAUGGAUGCCCUCAGAUCAGCCAAUCAGCUCAGGGACAAGGACAAAAUAGAAAGACUUAACAGACAGCAACAGCUUCUACAACAACAGAGAGACCAGAGAAAGAAAUUCCUGGAAGAACAGAGACUACGUGAAAAAGCACAGCUGAUGGUGAACGAAGCCCUACUGACAGAAGAACUUAGUAAACACAAGUCAAAUAGAUCUAGUCGGGAAAGCUUAAACGGGUUAGGAAGGCGAUCUGUCUCAAAUACUUCCCUAGUGAAACGUUCAGUAUCUAAUGGUUCCCUGGCUAAAUGCUCUGUGUCCAAUGGUUCCCUAGCAAAUGCUGAUGGAGAAAUGGAAAAAGAGGACAAAAUGUCGGACAAGGUUGACCCUGAACCUGAGGGGCCCUCUCAAGGUCGGAUGUCAAGGCAGUCAAACCCAGCCUCAGAAAAAACGAACAAGAGUUCAGACUUUUUUGAUAAUGCAAGGAUUGAAGGCCAAGGGAUCCUGAAUGAUUCAGACAAUGCAGAAGAAAAUGAUAAACUGAUGUCUGCGAUACGCAGUGAAUAUCAGAGACUGAGUACGUCGUGAGGAUGAGAGGUCAUUCUCGUAUACUCAGUAUCGGGAUUCGUUUGAGCUCAUUAAGGUUGCAAGCUUUAUGUUAUCAUGUUUAUAUUAAAUAAAUGCAUACAUAACUUUGGUGCAUUUCCCUCGCAUUUUUGUCUGAAUAUUUUCAGUGAACAUAAAAAAAGAGCAUAGUUACUUUUUUGUGUGAAAAAAUAACAAUUAUUUGUGAUAUUACACGAAUGAGAUAAAA